AUGCUGUCGGGCUUGCUGGCCAGCUCGGGUGGGAGCAGAGCGUGGGCGCAGGCGACAUCGCCGUCGCCGCCUGCAGGCCAAGGGUUGCACUCGCUGUUCGUGGCAUCGGGGAAGCUGUUCUUCGGCACGGCCACCGACACCAACAACAUCAACGACGUCCCGUACCAGGCCAUCGCCACCAACCAGAGCGAGUUCGGCAUGAUCGUGCCUGAGAACUCGCAGAAGUGGGAGGUUGUGCAGCCCACGUUGAGGCAGUUCGUCUACAACAACUCGGACGUCGUCGCUUCGCGGGCCAAGGCCAAUCGACAACUGUUCCGCUGCCACACACUAACCUGGCAUUCGCAACUGCCGCAGUUUAUCUCCACAACGAGCUGGACACGGGCUACAUUGACGGCAGCCAUCCAAGCGCACAUCGCCAACGUGGUGGGCCACUUCAAGGGGCAGUGCUACAGCUGGGACGUGGUGAACGAAGCGUUGGCGGACAAUGGCACGUUCCGCAACGACGUGUUCCUGCAGACGCUGGGGACCGACUACCUGGGAAUCUCGUUCACGGCGGCGGCGGCGGCGGACCCCGACAGCAAGCUGUACUACAACGACUUCAACCUCGAGACGAUCAAGGCCAAGGCGGACGGAGCCGUGGCCAUUGUCAAGAUUCUGCAGAGUGCAAACGUGCGCAUCGAUGGCGUGGGCUUCCAGGCGCACUUCAAUGUCGGGCAGACGCCCAACAAGACGUCGCUCGUCGCCACCAUGGAGCGCUUCACGUCGCUAGGGCUCGAUGUGACGCUUUCGGAGCUCGACAUUGCCCACACCAAACUGCCGGCGACGCCGAGCGCGCUCGAGCAGCAAUCGCGCGACUACGUGUCGGCCGUCGACGCCUGCUUGGCCGUGCCCAAGUGCCUAGGCAUCACCGUCUGGCAGUUUACUGAUAAAUACAGUUGGAUUCCGAGCACGUUUCCCGGCAAGGGCGACGCCUGUCUCUUCACGGCCAACUACACCAAGAAGCCUGCCUACUUCGCUGUGUCGAACCUCCUCGUCCAGGCGGCAGCCGCUCGAGUCCAGGCUGGGGGUACUUCGGCACCGGCAUCGGCAUCGCCGACAGUGGCAACGACAUCUUCGCCGACAUCAUUUACGCAAGGCAGUGGUACUGCGGCGGCGUCGCCUUUGCCGACAAGUGGAGGACAUUCAUUGCUUGAGGCCAUUACGGCCAAGGGACUCGGCAGCUUCUUGUUGCCGCUUGUUGGGGUAGUCUUUCUUGCCUUGUAA